UCUUUUGUAACACUAAUCUAUUUUCCCAAACCACUUUUAAAAUAGUCUUGCAAUAGUUACAUAUAACAAUAUGAAGAAGUCUCACGUUUUGCUUUCUCUGCUUGUUCAAGUCAUUGUCCUUUUACCUCUUCUUUGUUUAUCUGAUGACUUUGUUAGCUCUAGAGCUACUUAUUAUGGCAGCCCCGAUUGCAAAGGAAAUCCUCGAGGAGCAUGUGGGUAUGGAGAACUUGGAAGAGAUAUCAAUGAUGGUGAAGUGAGUGGUGUUUCAUCGCGACUAUGGAAAAAUGGAGCCGGGUGUGGUGCUUGUUACCAGGUGAGAUGCAAAAUACCUCCACACUGCAAUGAGGAAGGAGUAUACGUAGUGGCUACGGACUACGGAGAAGGAGAUGGCACGGACUUCAUAUUUAGCCCUAAGGCGUAUGGAAGUAUGGCGCGACCCGGCACAGAGUUUCAGCUCUACUCUUUUGGUGUGGUCGACGUUGAAUACCAAAGGGUCCCUUGCCGGUACGGAGGGUACAACCUGGUGUAUAAGAUCCAUGAGAAAAGUUAUAAUCCUCAUCAUCUUGCUAUCCUUAUCUUGUACGUUGGUGGUGUCAACGACAUACUCGCCGUUGAAGUCUGGCAGGAGGAUUGCAAAGAGUGGAAACGCAUGAGAAGAGUGUUUGGAGCGGUUCAUGAUUAUCAGAAUCCACCAAGAGGUACUCUCUCUUUGAGGUUUUUGGUCUAUGGAAGCGCCGGUCUCAAUUGGGUCGAAUCGCAGAACGCUCUUCCAGCAGAUUGGACCGCAGGAGCCACCUACAACUCCAACAUUCUACUUAGUUGAUUCCCCUUUUCUCGUCUCUUUAUUGAUAGGGUGUUUAUAUAAAUACGUAUGGUUUUCUCUAUGUAAUGGCUAUAUACAUAAUUAAAUAAUGCCCUCUAGACUAAGGAUAAUCAUUGUAGAUUCAUAUUAACUAUGUAAUGUGUGUAGUCAAGAAGAUUGUAAGGAUUUGUAAGUUUUUUGUUGGAGGAAAAUCAAAUAAUGAUAAAACUUAAUU